CGUUAUUCUUGACGACAACCAAGAGGAGAGAAAUGGCGGGAGCCCUGGGAUUCUCGCCGGCGGUGCCGUCCGCCGGAGUGUUGGUAGUGGCGGAGCAGUGGGAGGUGGAGUUCUCCCGGUUCUUCAACUUCCCGCGGCGGCCGUCCCUCCUGCCGCCCGGCCUUCGGCCCCUCCCCAAGGGCAAGCUCCGGUCCAACGGCACCUGGAUCACCUCCGCCUCCCCCGCCCUCCUCCGCGUCCUCAAAUCCCACGCCUCCGCCGCCCCCGUCCUCUCCGUCUCCGUCAACGGCAAUGUCCACGAGGAGCACUUUAUCUCGAAUCUGCACUUCUCAUGGCCACAGGUGUCAUGCGUUUCCCAGUGCCCGAUCAGGGGGAGCAGGGUAGUGUUCCUAAGCUACAGGGAUUGCUCCAGUCAGAUUCAGAAAUUUGCGGUGCGGUUUCCUGCAUGUUGUGAUGCAGAAAAAUUCUUAAAUUUUGUGAAGGAAUGCUCAAGGGACAUAAUGGAUAUCAUGCCUCCAGGAAGUGAUUUUGUGUGUGAGAAUUCGUCUCCUUCUGAAUUUAUUGCUUCAAAUGGUCUGCAUUAUAGGUUUGAUGGGGAAUCAAGCUUUGAAGAGCCUGUCAUGACAUGUGCUCCAGAAAUGCCAGCUUUGAGCUAUAAUGAAGAGCAAACUGAGUGCUCUCUUCGGCCUGUGGUUGCUAACAACAUUGAUACCAUUUUCUCAGGCUUACCUCCCAGCUUUACAGAGCUACUAACCAAUUGCUCAACUGAUACUGAAAAAGUGCAAAAGCUGACAGCAAAUACUGAUCCUGCAUCACAGAAUGGGGGAUACCCGUUGGAUCCGUCAUCUCACGGAAUUGCUGAUGCUGCCAAACAACCAAACUCAAUGGAGGUGGAGGAAACUGAUCUCAAGACUCAAAUUGCGAAAUACAUGUCAGAUGCUUCCUUUCAUGAGAUGCUGUUCAAACUAGAGAAAGUUAUUGAUGAAUUGGGUGGUGAUCUGGCACUGCAGGUGGCCAGCCCCUUGCAUGACUGAAGGCCAGGCUUUUAUCAUUUUGGUCCUUUUUAGUUUUCCUAAUGGUACCAGCUGCUUGAGGAUGUGAAGUUCCUUAUCUGUAUAGAAACAUUUUUUUUUUCUUUUGUAGAGCCACCAUCUAACCAAAAUGGAACUGCUGGUUGACGAUAUCAAUACAUGUUCAUAUAUACAGACCGCUAGAUAUCGCGCUAGGCAGUAUGGGUCCUUUUUGUUCUCCUUCAAAGAGAUCAAUGGAUUAUUGCCCUGUUCUACUUUUGCUCU